AUGCCCACCUCGUCGCUUCGCCUCGUCUGCCUCGCCGCGCUGCUGGACAUAGCCGGCACGCUCGUCGUGCACCACCGCUCCGCGACACUCGCCGGAUCCGGCCUCAUGGCGCGUGCAUGGCAGCCGCUGCGCGCAGUGCAGCUGCAGCCGGCGCAGCCCAUCGCAGUGUUCCGCGGCCGCGCCGGCGACAUCCGGAUGGGCGUGCCCAAAUUCUUCCGGUGGCUGACGGAGAAGUACCCGCAGAUCAACGUCAAGAUCUCGGAGGGCCGCCGCCGCUCCGACUAUGUCGACAACUUCUACCUGGACAUGAACGGCAUCAUCCACCAGUGCACGCACGGCGACGAGGUCGGCCCAAACGAGAAGCUGAGCGAGGAGCAGAUGUUCGAGCGCAUCUUUGCCUACACCGACCGCCUCAUCUCCAUCGCGCGGCCGCGCAAG